CUCUUGCCAUGGCAGUUCGCGUGUCUUACUCUUGCCGUCUUGUGGAGCAAAGCAGUGGCAUUCGAAGUGACUCCAACAAGAAGUUCUUGUAAUCAAGGAAUGAUGCCCGUAGCCUGCAUCGACUGGUGCCCCCGAACGUGUCGCACACAUCAGAAUCCAGGACAUUGUUACAUAAAAAAUCUCUGUCUACCGGGAUGUGAUUGCCCCAGUGGCACGUGGUUUGAUCCUAGAGCUAGCUACUGCGUUGAAGAGGGAUACUGCAAAUACCAAGCACCGACUUAUCUUUGGCCAUGUGAGAGCAACCUCGUACCUGUACCUUGUAAAGAUGAGUGCCCUCCUACUUGUCAAGAUCCUUUUUCUGGAGUAUGCAAAAAUACUUGUGUCAGCGGAUGCGAGUGUCCGAAACCGUUGUUGUAUGAUUCGUGUCAUAAUAAAUGUGUCCACUUCAGCGAGUGCUCAGCAAACUCGAGGACAAAUCGAUCUUGUAAGUUUACGGUUUCGCCGACGUCCACAAGUACAACAUCAACGGCACAUGAACACAAGAGUAGAAAGCUACCUUCUACCCAGACAACUACUCUAGUACAUUCUUCUCAUUCCAGCACGGUUCGGUCUUCUAGAGCAUCUAAAACUGCUGGACCAACUAGUAAAAUCUCUAAGCCAUCUACCCAGACUACUACUCUAGAGUAUUCUUCUCGUUCCAGCAUAGUUCGGUCUUCUAGAGCAUCUAAAACUGCUGGACCAACUAGUAAAAGUUCUGAGCCAUCUAUCCAGACCACUACUCUAUUGUAUUCUUUUCGUUCCAGCACAGUUCAGACUUCUGGAGCAUCUACAACUGUUGGUCAAACUAUUAGAGAUUACAAGCCACCUAAGCAAACUAGUUCCUCAACUAUUUUUAUUGCUACAAAACCCUCUAAUCUAAAAUCAACAACAUCUAGAAACCAAAGUCCACCAACACCAUUAACAGAUAAUCAACAAACCACUUUAUCGUCAAACGAUAAAAGCACUUUUGCAGCGUCAAGAACAGAAAACGUUUAUGUCCCUUCAUCAUUACAAGCAACUAUCCAUACAAGUUUUUCUGGAAUAAGUGCAAAAAUAGUUGCAAUCAUAGCUACAGCUACAGCAGCAGCAGCAGCUAUUGUUACAUGUGUAGUGUUCCUAGGACAUUUUCUCUUCAGGAGAAGAAACAGAAGACGUCGAUACACAUUACUAGAAAAUCAGACAAGUUGUAGAAAUUCUUCCUACAGCAAAAAGAUGAAAUUGGAGCUGGAAAAAUUGGUAGAAGAAUUUCAGUAACUCAAAAAGUGUUGACUGACUUUGUAUUUACUUGUAUAUAUCUUCUCAUCACAACUAUGUACUCGGGAUAAGUAAUAUAUUAGUAUUUACAUCAAGUA